CGGGGUGGAAGGAGGGGGGAGGGCGCGCUCGGCACCGCCAUGGUGAAGAUCUUCGUGGGCAACCUGUCGCGCUGCUGCGGCGCGGACGAGCUGCGCGCCAUGUUCGAGAAGUACGGCGAGGUGAGCGAGUGCGAGGUGGUGCGCCGCUACGCCUUCGUGCACAUGGAGCGGCUGAGCCAGGCGACGCGCGCCAUCAGGGCGCUGCACCGGGCCGACGUGCGCGGCGCGCGCCUGACGGUGGGCGUGGCCAACGCGCGCACGCGCAGCACCACCAAGGUCUUCGUCGGCAACCUGGCGGAGUCGGUGACGGGCGCCGACGUCAAGCGGCUGUUCGGCGGCUUCGGCCGGGUGGUGGACCUGGACGUGGCGCGCACCUUCGCCUUCGUCUACAUGGAGCAGGAGCGCCAGGCGCUGGCCGCCAUCCAGGCGCUGGACGGCGCGCCGCUGCAGGGCCAGAACAUGUUCGUGCAGCUGUCGCGGUCCAACCCGGCCCGGGGCGCCGAGCGGCCGCCGCGUCGACCCGGCCCGGAACCCGGACCCGGACCCCCGCCACCCUUCGCUUAUUACGACCGCCCGGGCUACGAGCCGUACCGCAGGAGCCGCCCGUUGCCCCCCCUUCCUCCUCCCCCCCUCCUCAUGUAUCAGGAUCGCCGGCCACCCGGCGUGAGGCCGAUGCCCCCGCAGUAUUUCCGCGGCCCUUCCCUCAACGGCUACGGGGCCAGGGUCCGCGACUACUGAUAAGAGGUUCACCGGCCGCUGGACCGCGAUCCCGGGGGGUUUUGGGGGGGGCGGGGAAGAGAGAGAGAGAGCAGCUCAAAGCCCCCAGCACAGGAGCCGACUGCGCCGGAGACCCGCCACCCGAGGACGCUUCACCUCGUCGCCCUGCACACAGAUUCAGUUGAGGAAGCUGGCGAGAUCCCAGACGCAAUGGCAGCUCCACCGUUGUCCCAGGGGACCCAUGCAAGUUUUAACCAGCUGAUUUAAUGGGAAUGGAUAUCUACAGUGGUCUCCUGUGGUUGGCUGGCUGAUCUCUGGUCACAGCAUUUGUGGGGUGUCCCCAGCAUUUUCUGUUCAUUAUGGAAGUACAUGCAAGAAGUCCUAGGAACCUUGGAUGCUGGGCAAGAGCAAGGGUUGGAUAAAGGAAAGAAGUCACAUGACAGGUUUAGAGAACUAAGUGUAGGGUGGUGGUUAUAAUGUAUGGGAAAGAGGAGACAUAAAAUUAAGAUUAGCAAAGUCCCAGAGCAUUUUUUAAGUGUACAUGGUAACCAGUAAAGAGUAGGGCUCAUUAGGGACUAAAGGACAAAUCUGUGUUGAGAGGCAGAAGAUGUGCAUGAGGUAUCCACAAGGUGAAGGACAUUGCAGCUGGAGGAUUCAGGGAGGUGAUGUGAAAUUGUUGAACAAGUUGCCAUUAAAAAGGCCUUAAAUCUUUUAGCAAGCAUAAAGAAGAAUGAGAUGCAUCCCGAGCUGCUAUGCCAGGUGAGGGGGCAGAUUGUGGGAGUUUUGACAGGAUUUUAAGUCUUGCCAGUGGCAGGUGAGGUGACUGGAGGACAGUAAAUGUACUUUCUUUGUUCAAGAGGGCAGCAGGGAUAAGCCAGUGAAUUCAGUGAUAGGGAUGUAAUCGGGGGGAAAAAGUCUUGAGGGACAGGGUGAAUCUACACUAGGGAUUAAUCAAAGAUGGUCAGCAUGGCUUUAGAACAUAGAACAGUACAGGCCCUUUGGCCCACAAUGUUGUGCUGACCCUUAAACUCCAUGAUCAAUCUAACCCUUCCCUCCUACACAGCCCAUAACCUCCAUUUUUUUUUCUUGCAUCCAUGUGCCAAUCUAAGAGUCUCAUAAAUGUCCCCAUUAUAUCAGCCUCUACCACCACCCCAGCAGUGUUCCAGGCACCACCACCACUGUGUGGUAAAACCUACCUCUCCCCUAACUUUCCUCUUGCCUUGAAUGGAUGUCCUAGGAAAAAGGUGCUGGCUGUCCACUCUGUCCCUCAUAACCUUAUACAGCUCUAUCGAAUCUCUCAUCCUCUAUCACACUGAAGAGAAAAGCCCUACCUCUCUCAACCUAUCCUCAAGACAUGUUCUCUAAUCCAGGCAGCAUCCUAGUAAAUCUCCUCUGCACCUUCUCUAAAGCUUCCACAUCCUUCCUAUAAUGAGGGAACCAGAACUGAACACAAUACUGCAUGUGGUCUAACCAGAGUUUUAUAGAGCUGCAACUCAAUCCCCUGACUAAUGAAGGCCAGCACACCAUACACUGCCUUAACUACCCUUUCACUUGUGUGUCAACUUUGAGGGAUCUAUGGACUUGGCCCCCAAAAUCCCUCUUUUCCUCCACACUGUUAAGAAUCCUGCCAUUAACCUUGUACUCUGCCUUCAGUUUUGAUCUUCUGGCUUUGUUGGGGGAUUCUGUUUGACCAGUUUUUCUCUCCCCACCCCCCCCCCCUUCCCCCCACCAAGGGCAGUGUGAUGUAGUCUACAUGAACCUCAGGAAGGCCUUUAACAAGGUCCUGCAUGGAACACUGCUCCAAAGGUUAGACCCCAUGGAUUAGAGGCAAAUUGGAUCUAAAUUUAACUUGGCAGAGGGUGAUAUUGGAAGGUUUUUGUGAUAGGAGACAUGUGACCAGUGUACUACAGGGACCAGUGCUGGGACCCUUACUGAGAUUAAAUAACACAUAACUGUGCAAGUCGUACAGCACAGAAACAGGCCCUCAGUCCACCAUGUCUGUGCUAACCAUCAGAUAUCAAUCUAUUUUAAUCCUAUUCACCAACAUUUGGCCCAUAGUCUUGUUUAUUUGCAGUUCAAGUGCUUGUCUAUGUAAAUGAGUCUCUGCCUCCACCCCCCUCCCCCAAGGCAGUGCAUUUCAGAUUCUAAUUGGCCUUUGACAUUCCCUUUAAACCCCUACCCCUUGCCCUAUACCUCUGGGUUCCAGAAAGGUUUCCUACCCUAUGCCCCAUACUUUGUAUCCCUCUACUAGGUCCACCCUCUGCUUCCAUUUCAAGGAAAACAAACCCAGCCUAUCCAGUCUCUCCUUGUAACUGAGGUGCUCCAUCCCAGCUAGUGUCCUGGUGAAUCUCAUCUGUAUCCUCUCCAGUUUAAUGUCAUCUUUCCUAGAGUGUGAUGACCAGAGCUCUGCAUGGUAUUCCAGCUGUGGCCUUGCCAGUGUUAUAAAGUUGUACCAUAAGCUCACUGUGCUAUCCCACAUGCCUUCACAUUGUCUAACUGUGUUCAGCCCUUUUGGGGAUCCUUGGACUUGUACACCAAGUUUGCUCUUUUCCACAAUACCCUGCCUCUAGUAACAAACCAACACAACACUAACCUGUGGUGUUGUGAACCCCAGUCACAUCCCACUAGAAACCUGUACCCCUACUCACAUUCCAGACUGUGCAAGCCAGAUGUCAAACCAUUGGGAAUUCCGAACAAUUGGAAUCCAGGUUAUAGGAACCUUCCUAUAGUAGGAAAGUUUUUUCCAUAACAGGUACCUAAAACUAGAGUUUAAUUUAAUGUAAGGGAUGAUAGGGGAUCUGAGGAAGAUUUUUUCACCCAGAGGGCCAUUGGAAUCUGGAACACUGCCUGAGGGGCUGGUGGAGGCAGGUACUUGCACAUUAAGUACCAGAAUGAACAUUUGACUCACUCGGGCAUGGAAGACCACAGACCAAAUGUUGGUGUUGAUGGAUAUCUGAUUGGCAUGGGUGUGGUGGGCUGAAGGGCCUGCUUCUGCGCUGUACAAUUCUGCCUUGGGUUUGCGUCCCUUCACAGUGGGCACCUGCAAUGGAGAUUGUGCUGAUGUUCUGCUGGCUUCAUUCACCCCAACCUGUGCAGCGAUGGCACUUCAUUUCCUCAGCUUGCUGAAACAACUUGGAGGCACAAUUGGAAGUGGCCUCGGCCAUCAGAUCAGAUGGGUGCUUGAGAGGUGGGCAAGGUGCCUGGAAAUUGGCUACCCUUCCCCUGUAGAAUGCCUGCUGUUGGUCACCCUCACUGAGCAAGGGGAGCUUGCCUGUGUCCGUUCUCAUCACUCCACCAGCACGUGCCGUCUUUGCUCUUGCAGCCAGAUGUAGCUUCUGAAUCCCGGGCCAUGUGUAAUCCCAGUGUUUUGAUACAUCUCUGUCAGUAAAUGUUCUUGCAGAGAAUUCCUGUAUUGUCGGUA